AUGGCGGCGGAAAGCACAACUACAGCUGCCGUGAACAGCGGCGUCAGGAUCUUUGUGACGGUCGCCGUCUCCUUUGCCCCAUUCCUCCUAGCUAUGGCCGUGCCAAGACUUCUGCAACUGCUGGGUCGUUCGCUAGGAUGGUACCUCAGGAAGAAGACUGAGGGCAGGCGGUCGUUGCUCAUCUCCCUGAUGAAUGAAGAAGCCAGUAUGUCACAGGACAAGAACCUUGAGACCAAGAGCACGUCCAGCGGGGAGUGGCAGAAAGUUCAGAAGCAAGACGUCGAUCCGGACUGGGCUGGCAUCGUAGGCUUCUUCCAUCCAUUUUGCAACGCCGGCGGAGGUGGUGAGCGCGUGCUCUGGGCAGCGAUCCGUGCGACGCAGAACAAGUGGCCCAAGGCCAAGUGUGUAGUCUACACUGGCGACCACGAGGUCACCAAGGACCAGAUCCUAUCUCGAGUCAAGAGCCGCUUCAACAUCAGCUUGCACCCUCCAGCCGUGACGUUUCUCUACCUGUCGAAACGCGAUUGGGUGGUUGCGUCCACAUGGCCUCGCUUCACCCUGCUUGGCCAAUCCCUCGGCUCCAUGUACCUCGCCUGGGACGCCUUUUCCCUGCUCGUCCCUGACAUCUUCGUCGACACCAUGGGCUACGCCUUUUCCCUCGGCGUCUCAAAGUGGCUGUUUCCCGAGAUCCCGACUGGCGCCUACGUGCAUUACCCGACCAUCUCGACCGACAUGCUGGAGUCGUUGGACCCUGACUCCAAGACGGGCUCGCAAGGGGUAAACGCAGGCCAGGGCGUUGGCAUCCGCGGCACGAUCAAGAAAUGGUACUGGAUGCGCUUCUCCGAGCUCUACUCGUGGGUGGGCUCCUCCAUUGACGUCGUCAUGGCCAACUCGACAUGGACGCGCACUCAUCUCACCAAGCUCUGGGGUCCUUGGCGUGAGGUGAAGGACAGGAGGAACCCCAUCCCCGCCAUCUUCCCUCCCUGUGCGGUCGAAGAGCUCGAGCAGGAGAUUGAGAUCUCUGAGGAGAGCGAGACGAAGCGCGAGAAAGCUAUGGUCUACAUUGCCCAAUUCCGCCCCGAGAAAAACCACAAGCUCAUCGUCCAGUCGUUUGCCAAGUUUGUCAUGACAGGGACCGACGCGGCCAAAGGGGCCAAGCUGAUUCUCAUUGGGAGUGUGCGCGAUGACCAUGACUCGAAACGUGUCUACGAGCUGCGCCUGCUGGUCAACGAGCUUCACAUCAAGGACAGGGUCGAGUUCCAGCUGGACGCCCCGUGGCCCGAGAUCCUCCAGUGGCUCCAAAAGGCGUCCGUCGGCGUCAACGGCAUGUGGAACGAGCAUUUUGGAAUUGGUUGCGUGGAGUACCAAGCGGCUGGUCUGAUUUCCGUCGUCCACAACAGCGGCGGCCCGAAACUGGACAUUGUGGUGGAGGUGGACGGCGAGCCGACCGGUUUCCACGCCGAGACAGUGGACGAGUUUGCCGAGGGCUACGAGUCGGCGCUGUCCGUUGCCAACCCGCUGGCGAUGCGCCUGCGCGCGCGACAGUCGGCGAAACGCUUCACGGAGGGCGAGUUUGCCAGCAAGUGGCUUGUGCAGAUGGAUAGGCUUGUCGCAAUGACGAAAAGUGAUUGA